AAACACAAACAUAACACCACCUUUUCUCUGACUUAUCUGACUCCCACCAUUGUCCCCCCACCCUUCUCCUCUUACCUUUGCUUUCCCAUAAUUAAACAUCAGUGCCCACUAUUUCUUUCUCUCUCACCAUUUCCUUUUCUACCAUUUUUUAUUUUUUUGAAAAACAAAAGAAACCAACAAGCUUGCUUGCUUGCUUUUGUCUUUUGAUGAUCAACCAUACAAAGAAAUCCACAAGCUUUGCGUAGAUGAUGUCUCCAAUUUUUAAGCAGUUUUCUUUCUGGGUAUCAUCAAUAAGCUAUCUAUCUUUGUAGCUUAUCUUGCCAAAUUAGCUUCACUUGCUAUAUUUGAUAGGAUGGACUUGUCUGGUUCAGGUUAUAUUUACCAUGGGGGGACUGAUUUUCUUGGUUGAAAACUUUUGCUGCUGUAUUUAUGUUGGUUGAUGUCCAUGAUCUGCAUAAAUGCAAAGAUGAUCUCAUAGUUGUUCAAUAUUAAAUUCAACUUCAAUUAUGAAACCUACAAUUGAUCUUGAAGUAGAAGCCUCUUUGGAGAAUGAUUCCGAGGUUAGCAGCCAAGUAGCUUCAAACUUAUCCAUCCAUGAAAAUUCUGUGGGUCCUUCAAAUGACAGUCUUACUAACAGUUCCAAUAUCACAAAUCCGAUAUUACUUGCUCAAUCUAGUUCAGAAACACUUUCCCUGGACUUAACCCUUUGCUUGAAUAAUGAUGAAUUAGUAGACAGAGGAGUGAAGGACUCGAUAGGAUUCUCAUUAUCAAGUACUAGUGAAAGUAGCAAUGAACCUGCAACACAUACUUCAACAGCAGCAAUACCGCGAGUUUUUUCCUGCAAUUACUGUCAGCGAAAGUUCUUCAGCUCACAAGCACUUGGUGGUCAUCAGAAUGCUCAUAAGCGAGAAAGGACACUCGCAAAACGAGCAAUGAGGAUGGGGAUUUUCUCCGAAAGGUACGUCAAUUUAGCAUCUUUGCCUUUACAUGGAUCCUCAUUUCGGUCUUUGGGAAUCAAAGCACAUUCUUCUUUGCAUCAAAAUGUUUCAACAACAAUAAGGCCACAAGAUAUAAGAAAUAGUGCAAGAUUUGAUCAGAGCUAUCUUGGUCUACCAUUUUUUAUGGAGGAUGAUGAAGCAGAGCUGUUAUGGCCAGGCAGUUUUCGACAGAUAACUGAAGCAGAAGAUACUACUCAUGAACAAAGAUUUGUACUUACAGGAGCUUCAAAUAUGAACUUUUUUGGGGAAAAUCCAGCAGCAGAUCUGGCGAAUUCUACACCAGACCUUACGUUGAAACUUUGAGUCUCUUGAGGAGUUCUCAGAACUGGGUAUUAGUACUGUCUGCUUUUUCUAAUAUUUCAGUCUUUGUAUAGCAAGAAUGUGCAUGAGCUUUAGCUCAGAUUUUACUCUUCUUACUAUAAGUACUUUCUUUCUUUUAUCUGAUCUUCCUUCUUCACUUUGGUGCUGUGAUAUUAUGUAUUUUAGUGCAUUAGAGCUUCAUAAGGAUUAUUUUGGAGCUUUUAGUGCCUUUUCUGAUUUGUAUGAUGCUUUUUAUUUGCUGUCGCUGUUAAAGCUAGUUGCUUUCUUGCUUGA